AUGGGACACUCAAUAACAUGGGAAUAUAGUGAGGAGUCCGAAGCCGAGGAGAUGGUCUCCCGCUGCUCGUACUGCGGGCGAUUCUGCAACAAAAGGGCCAUUCAUGGCAAGACAGGUCUCUGCUACCCAUGCAGAGAGACCCUCCGCAAGGAGGGUGACAAGAGAGCCCUGGAAACGGACUCUGAUACUGAGAGCGCCUCCUCCGGUCGCGGGGCCGAGGAGUGCGAGCCCGUCAAGGGCCAUCCUGCUGCCACGGCUGAGGCAGAGGAUGACUCUCAGUCAGCCAAGUCAGAGGAAGGGACCGCUCGCAGCAACGUCUGCUCGAGAUGCUGGGCCGCAGAGGCGACGGGGACGUUAUACAACUCCCCUGUCUGUGACGACUGCUACCACCUCGCACAGGCCAAUCGCGAAUGGAUGAAGGGUACCAAAAGGAAGCGCUGCGAGCACCGCAGAGUUGUCGAUGCCACUGAUCCGGAAGCCCACUGCCGCAAGAGAGGGAGAAAGAGAAAAUGCGAAGAGAUCAGUGAAGACAAGAAAGAAAGUGAAAGCAACAACGCCCCGACAAGGAGGGAGGAGGAACAAGGUGUGCUAAUUGAUAUCCUUUUCUUUUUUUUUAUUUCAUUUUAUCCAGCAGAAAUCAUUGUUGUCGACGAUCCUGCAGAAGAACCUGGCUGUUCCGAUGAGAGCAUGAAUCACGCCAUCAAGGAGUCUCUGGACACCGUGUACAAGAGAGAACUGCUGAAACUCGAGGCCAUAGCGAACGAAAAGGUCGAUGAAGCCAACAAGGCCCUGGAUGCCGUCCGUGACCACCUGCGCAGCUGGCUCGAACAUGUCAGAAGAGGCAACUCUCUCGGCAAACAGCAACUACCAGAGCAGCAACCAAAGGGACCAGAGCAACCAGAGAAAUUGGAUCCAUUAGAGCAACAGGAUCAACCACCACAGUCACUGCACCCACCAGAGCCAACUGCUCAAGAAGAGUGUAUUUGA